GCUCCUUCUCUGCCGUGGCAGCCGCAGCGGCGCGAGGCUCGACAUGGAUGCUCUCGAAGACUACGUAUGGCCACGGGCAACCUCGGAGCUCAUACUCCUCCCGGUCACGGGUCUGGAGUGCGUGGGGGACCGGCUGUUGGCGGGUGAAGGGCCAGACAUGCUGGUGUACAGCUUGGACUUUGGUGGACAUCUGCGGAUGAUGAAGCGAGUACAGAACCUGCUUGGCCACUAUCUUAUCCAUGGGUUCCGGGUGCGGCCAGAGCCCAGUGGGGACCUUGACUCAGAGGCCAUGGUGGCUGUAUUUGGGAGCAAGGGGCUCCAAAUCGUUAAAGUUAGCUGGGGGCAAGGCCGUUUUCGGGAGCUUUGGCGCUCUGGCCUGUGGAACAUGUCUGACUGGAUCUGGGAUGUACGCUGGCUGGAGGGGAAUGUGGCCUUGGCCCUUGGCCACAAUUCAGUAGUGCUUUAUGACCCCGUGGUAGGGAGCAUUCUACAGGAGGUGCCUUGCAUGGACAGGUGCACCCUGUCCUCAGCUUGCCUGAUUGGAGAAACCUGGAAAGAGCUGACCAUGGUGGCAGGUGCCGUUUCCAACCAGCUCCUAGUCUGGUAUCCAGCAGCUGGUUCAACAGACAAGCCUGUGGCACCCGACCGGCAGGUCAGUGGGCAUGUGGGUGUCAUCUUCAGCAUGUCUUACCUAGAAAGCAAGGGCAUGCUGGCCACAGCUUCAGAAGACAGAAGUGUCCACAUCUGGAAAGUGGGUGACCUGCGGGUACCUGGGGGUCGGGUGCAGAAUAUUGGGCACUGCUUUGGGCACACUGCCCGUGUAUGGCAGGUCAAGCUCCUAGAGAAUUACCUUAUCAGUGCAGGAGAGGACUGUGUCUGCCUGGUAUGGAGCCAUGAAUGUGAGAUCCUCCAGGCCUUUCGAGGCCACCAGGGCCGUGGGAUCCGGGCCAUAGCUGCCCAUGAGCAGCAGGCCUGGGUGAUCACUGGUGGUGAUGACUCAGGCAUCCGGCUGUGGCAUCUGGUAGGACGUGGGUACCCAGGCUCGGGAGUCUCAGCUCUCUGCUUCAAGUCUCGUAGCAGGGCAGGUACUCUCAAGGCUGUGACGUUGGCUGGCUCUUGGCGACUGUUAGCAGUGACUGACAAAGGGGCCCUGUAUCUCUAUGACCUCGAGGUCAAGUGCUGGGAACAGCUGCUGGAAGACAAACGCUUCCAGUCCUAUUGCCUGCUGGAGGCAGCCCCUGGUCCUGAGGGCUUCGGUCUGUGUGCCAUGGCCAAUGGGGAGGGUCGUGUCAAGGUCGUCCCCAUCAACACUCCAGCUGCUGCCGUGGACCAGACCCUGUUCCAAGGAAAAGUGUACAGCCUGAGCUGGGCCCUGCGUGGCUAUGAGGAGCUCCUGUUGCUGGCAUCAGGUCCUGGUGGAGUGGUGGCUUGCUUGGAGAUCUCAGCUGCAGCCUCUGGCAAGGCCAUCUUUGUCAAUGAACGCUGCCGCUACCUGCUACCACCGAGCAAGCAGAGGUGGCACACAUGUAGCGCCUUCCUGCCCCCGGGUGACUUCCUGGUGUGUGGGGACCGUCGAGGCUCUGUGCUGCUGUUCCCCUCCAGACCAGGUCUACUCAAGGCCCCUGUGGUCGGAGGCAAGGCUGGGGUUGGGGCAUCUGGAGCUGGUGGUGGCAAUGGUGAGGGUGGAAAUGCAUCAGCUGGGUGGGGUCCUGUGUCCACCCUCCCUUCUCUGCAUGGGAAGCAGGGUGUAACCUCAGUCACCUGCCACGGUGGCUAUGUGUAUACCACAGGGCGUGAUGGGGCCUACUACCAGCUCUUUGUGCGAGGCGGCCAGCUCCAGCCAAUUCUACGACAGAAGUCCUGUCGAGGCAUGAAUUGGCUGGCUGGGCUCCGCAUGGUGGCCGAUGGGAGCUUGGUCAUCCUAGGAUUCCAUGCCAAUGAAUUUGUGGUAUGGAGCCCCCGGUCACAUGAGAAGCUGCACAUUGUCAACUGUGGUGGAGGGCACCGCUCCUGGGCCUUCUCUGAUACCGAGGCAGCUGUGGCCUUCGCCUACCUCAAAGAUGGGGAUGUCAUGCUGUACCGGGCCCUGGGUGGCUGCACCCGGCCACAUGUGAUUCUCCGGGAGGGUCUGCAUGGCCGUGAGAUAACCUGUGUAAAGCGUGUGGGCACCAUCACCCUGGGGCCUGAAUUUGGGGUACAGCCUGACAACCUGGAGCCUGGCAGCAAGGGACCCGGCCUGACUGACAUUGUCAUCACAUGUAGUGAGGACACUACUGUUUGUGUCCUGGCACUUCCUACAGCCACAGGCUCAGCCCAUGCCCUCACAGCUGUCUGCAACCAUAUCUCCUCGGUACGCGCUGUGGCUGUCUGGGGCGUUGGUACCCCAGGUGGCCCUGAGGAUCCUUGGCCAGGUCUGACUGCCUAUGUGGUGUCUGCGGGUGGCCGGGCUGAGAUGCACUGCUUCAGCAUCAUGGUCACCCCAGACCCUAGCACCCCGAGCCGUCUUGCCUGCCAUGUCAUGCACCUUUCUUCACACCGGCUAGAUGAGUACUGGGACCGGCAGCGCAAUCGGCACCGGAUGGUCAAGGUGGACCCAGAAAUCAGGUACAUGUCCCUUGCUGUCUGCGAGUUUGACCAGCCUGGUCUUGGCCCCCUUGUGGCUGCAGCCUGUAGUGAUGGGGCCGUGAGGCUUUUUCUCUUGCAGGACUCUGGGCGGCGGAUGCAACUCUUUGCUGAAACCUUCCACCACAAGCGUUGUGUCCUCAGGGUCCACUCCUUUACACACGAGUCAUCCAACCAGCGGCGGAGGCUGCUCCUGUGCAGUGCAGCCACCGAUGGCAGCCUGGCCUUCUGGGACCUCACUACUGUGCUAGACCAUGGCUCCAGUACCCUGGAGGCGUCAGCAGACCCUGGCCUUCCCUACCGGCUGGGCAACCCCUGUCUGACACUCCAGGCCCACAGCUGUGGUGUCAACAGCCUGCACACCUUGCCCACUCAUGAGGGCCCCCAUCUCGUGGCCAGUGGCAGUGAGGAUGGCUCCCUCCAUGUCUUUGUGCUUGCGGUGGAGGUGGCAGAGCUGGAAGAGGCUGCAGGGGAAGCUGAGCUGGGGCCCCAGCUGCAUGUCCUAGAGGAAUACUCUGUCCCUUGUGCACAUGCUGCCCAUGUGACAGGCCUCAAGAUCCUGAGCCCAAGCCUCAUGGUCUCAGCAUCCAUUGACCAGCGGCUGACCUUCUGGCGUCUGGGGCAUGGUGAGCCCACUUUCAUGAACAGUGCUGUGUACCAUGUGCCAGACGUGGCUGACAUGGACUGCUGGCCUGUGAGCCCUGAGUUUGGUCACCGUUGUGCUCUUGGGGGUCAGGGACUUGAGGUUUACAACUGGUACGACUGAGUCGUUCCACGGUGGCUGGCAUGCCAACAUAAUGGAGCAGGAGUGACUGCCCAUGCCCACUGAACCUUGAGGGGAAGAAGAGGCAGCCUCAGGUUCUUGACUUCAGAGCAGGAAUUGGAAGUGAGUAGUGCUGCUUGGGUGACCAAGAAUAUAUCAACCUCCACUCCCCACACUAGGACACAGCUUUAUAGCAGAAGCAAUUUAUUUUGGCACCAGGCCCCUAACAAAACUUGUAUGUUUUUUUUGAGUUGAUGACCUUGUGAACAUUCCCCAUGUUGGACAUCUGUGGCCUCAGAGGUAGCUCAGCGGAGGGAGGCCCAGCAUGGCCAGGCCAGCAUGGAGCACCUCACGCACAGCCCGUAGAAGCUGCAGGCGGGCAAACAUCUGACCAAAGAGGUGUGGUCGAGGCUCCUGGAGGAGAACGGGCCCACUGAUCUCAACCUCUGCUUUCCCUGCCUUCACCCUGCACCUCCCACACACCCCCCUCUCUUGCUGUGCACUCACCCCUAGAACAUGUACACGGUUAUAGUAUGAGCUGAAAUCCAUGCUGAGUUGCACCAGGAACUUGCACAGCUGGAGACAGAGAUUGAGUCACUGGCCUAUCCCUCAAUGCUCUUGUGCCCCAGCCCAGAAUAAAGAAUAGAGGAAAUAAUGUAUG